AUGAGAAAAACUUCGGGUUCCACCUCCAAUCUAUCUUUAGAGAUUCCUCUUAUAGAAGAAAGGUCACUUGAUAAAAAACGAAUAGACCCAAAUCCUAAAGAAGCCUCUGUUAGAUAUGCUAUACUUUUACUAGUCUGCUACCUAAAGUUUGUAACUUAUUAUACAACUGAGAGCCCUGGAAGUAUAAAGCAAGAAGUUGUUGAGAAUUUUAAGAUAACCAAUCUGGAAUUUGGCAUGCUGUUCUCAAUAUACAAUCUUCCAAAUAUUGUUUUGUCCUUGCUUACUGGUAUUUUCAUUGACAAAGUGGGGAUUAGGAAAUCAAACCUUAUCUUUACUGUUCUGGUUCUGAUCGGGCAAGUUAUUUAUACUUUGAGCUGUUACGGUGAAACAAAUUAUCAAUUGGCAUUGAUAGGUAGAUUCAUUUUAGGAGCUUCUGCUGAAUCAUCUAGCUUAGUGUAUAUAAUGAUCAUUAAUCACUGGUUUUCUUAAAAAGAGCUGGGCUUCGCAUGUUCAGUAUUGAUUACCAUUGCCAAAGCUGGUGUGAGUCUAACAAAUUUCUUAUCCCCCUAUAUUUACUAUAAUACUUAAAGCCUUGGUCAUUCUUUUAUGGCAGGAGUUGUCUUAGCUAUUGUUGGUGUCCUUUUAUGCUACAUUUUCAACAUUAUUGACUAGAAAUUCGAGCGAAAUGCCAAAAUUAGUAACAACACUCAUGAUUUGGAGACAAGAGAAACUAAUGCUAUUAACGACAAUUCAUAUUAAGAGUAAAAUGAGCAAUAAAAGUCUAGCUUUUCACUCAAAUUACUGUCUUAAUUAAGCAGAUAUUUCUGGUUUUUUAUUCUGGCUAAUUUUAUCAGUUAUAUGACUCUUGGACCAUUUCAAAUCAAUUUCAGUCAAAUUCUAAGAGUUAGAUACAAUUUUGAUAUUGUUGAGACUGGGUAUAUUUUGGGAUAUAUUGCUAUUGUUUUGACUUGCUUAGGUCCAGUUCUUGGAAUAAUCUCGGAUAGAAUAGAUAAAAGAAUGGGAGCAUUAGCCUUUGGAAAUAUGAUCUUAUUCUUGGUUUAAGCAUUCUUUGCUUUCACUCCAAAUUAUGACUAAACCUAUUUAAUAAUCAUACCCCUUGCCCUAUUUGAGUUUGAAAUAUCUCCCCCACAUAUUUUCGGGUUCUGCUUAGGCCUAAUGAACUCAUUUUAGAAUAUGAGUAUGGCUAUAGCCCCCUUGCUGAUCGGAUCAAUAUUGGAUGUAAACGACAAGGAUCUAUCAAAAGGAUAUGUAAAUGUUAGUUUUGUUCUAGGAGCCCUAAAUCUAGCAAGCGCUUUGAUAAUAGGAUACAUCGGAUUGUAGUAAUAGAAAUACAGAUUCAAUUGA